AUGAACAGGAAGUUCAGUUCUAAGUCUGGGAGUGGGGCUAGGGGUUUUAGUGGCCGCUCUGCAACCACCACCAUCACUUCCAGUGGCAACAGAGCUGGCUUCAGUUCAUCUUCGUUGUCUCGCAUUGGGAGAAGAAGUGGAGGGUACAGUGGUGGUUUUGGCAGCAGGAGCCUCCAUAACCUGGGCGGAAACAAAAGCACUUCCAUCCGCAUAGGGGGUGGAGGCUUCCGGAGCGUGGGGCUUGGAUUCGGUGGUGGUGGCAGCUUUGGUGGUGGUGGAUUUGGUGGUGCUGGUUAUGGUGGUGGUGGCGGAUUUGGUGGCAGCAGUGGAUUUGUCUCUAGUGGGUAUGUCAGUGGAGGAUAUGGGGUCGGUGGGGGAUAUGGUGGCGGAGGCUUUAGUGGCGGCAGAACUGGUCCUGUUUGGUCUCCUGGCGGCAUCCAGCAAGUCACCGUGAACCCCAACCUCCUGGCACCCCUCAACAUCGAAAUUGACCCGGAGGUCCAGAAAGUGAAAGUGCAGGAAAGAGAGCAGAUCAAGACCCUCAACAACAAAUUUGCAUCAUUCAUUGACAAGGUUCGAUUCCUGGAGCAGCAGAAUAAGGUGCUGGAGACCAAAUGGGACCUCUUGCAGCAGCAGGGCACCACCAUCACUAAGAUUCCUAUUGACCCCCUUUUUGAUGCAUAUAUCAAUAAUCUGAGGCGGAAGCUAGAUAGCCUAGUGACUGACAGAGGUCGGCUAGAUGGAGAGCUGAGGAACAUGCAAGAUCUCCUGGAAGAUUUCAGAAAGAAAUUUGAAGAGGAAGUCCACAGGCGCACAUCUGCAGAAAAUGAAUUUGUGGUGCUCAAAAAGGAAGUGGAUGCUGCCUACAUGAAAAAAAUGGAACUUCAAGCAAAGGUGGAUUCCCUCAUCGAUGAGAUAAACUUUCUGCGAGCUGUCUAUGAAGCGGAACUAGCUCAGAUGCAAGGAGAGAUCAGAGACACCAACGUUAUCCUGCAAAUGGACAACAGCCGAGAUUUGGACCUGAACAGCAUUAUUGCCGAGGUCAAAGCUCAGUAUGAAGACAUUGCUAACAGGAGCCGGGCUGAGGCGGAGGCUUGGUACCAAAGCAGGUAUCAAGAGCUUCAGGUCACGGCCACGACACAUGAUGAAGACCUGAAGGUCACCAGGAAUGAGAUCGCUGAAGUGAGCCGGGUGAUCCAGAGGCUGAAAUCUGAAAUAGAUAGUGUGAAAAAACAGAUUGCUGGGCUGCAAACGGCAAUUGCUGAUGCUGAGCAACGUGGGGAGCUGGCCCUCAAAGAUGCCCGGGGUAAGCUCGCUGAUCUUCAGAAUGCCCUUCAGACCACCAAGGAUGAACUGGCUCGUUUGCUGCGUGAUUACCAGGAGCUGAUGAACGUCAAGCUGGCCCUGGAUAUUGAGAUCGCCACCUACAGGAAACUGCUGGAGGGAGAAGAGUGCAGGAUGUCUGGAGAAUAUGCUGAUCCUGUGAGCAUCUCUGUGGUCAGCAACACUACCAGCGUAGCUGGCAGCGGUGGCGGAGUUGGAAGCGGAUACGUCCUUGGUGGAGGAGGUGGAGGUCGUGGAAGUGGCCUCAGUCUUGGUGGAGGUGGUCUUGGCCUUGGAAUUGGCAGUGGGAGUGGUUUUGGAAUUGGUGGCAAAAGUGGCAUCAGUGUUGGUGGAAGUGGGAUUGGUUUAGGAGGAAGCAGUUUUGGCUAUGGAGGGGGGGUCACCUCUGGAGGAGGAAGCAGCUCUAGCAUAAAAUAUGUCUCGACAUCCUCUUCAUCAAGCAAAAAGUUAAUUAGAUAA